UCGCGUGGUGCGGGGCCUGCGGGCGGCGGUCCGGCUGCGGCGUUGGCGGGAGGGAGGUGGCAUCGCUGUCCGCGCCGCUCCGGCCAUGAAUGGGCUGCCCUCGGCCGAGGCGCCGGGGGGCGCGGGCUGCUCCCUGGCUGGGCUCCCGCCGCUGCCGCGCGGCCUCAGCGGCCUUCUCAACGCAAGCGGGGGCUCGUGGCGGGAGUUGGAGCGCGUCUAUAGCCAGCGGAGUCGCAUCCAUGACGAGCUGAGCCGCGCAGCCCGCGCUCCGGACGGGCCCCGCCACGCCGCCGGCGCUGCCAACGCGGGCCCUGCCGCCGGCCCCGCCGGCCCGCGCCGCCCGGUCAACCUUGACUCCGCGUUAGCGGCGCUGCGCAAGGAGAUGGUGGGGCUGCGACAACUGGACAUGUCCCUGCUGUGCCAGCUGUGGGGCUUGUAUGAGUCGAUCCAGGAUUAUAAGCACCUGUGCCAAGACCUGAGCCUAUGCCAGGACCUGUCCUCGUCCCUGCACUCGGACAGCUCCUACCCACCGGAUGCCGGCCUCUCAGAUGAUGAUGAGCCUCCGGACGCCAGCCUGCCCCCUGACCCGCCACCUCUCACUGUGCCCCAGACACACAAUGCCCGUGACCAGUGGCUGCAGGAUGCCUUCCACAUCAGCCUCUGAAGAGUUGGGGGGGGGGGCCUGUGGGCAUGUGCCCAUGCAGAAGGCUCGAAACUUACCCCUUGGCACGUAUUCCGACUGCAGUGCCUGCUGUUCCCCCAUACCGCCUCACCUGACUGGAGGGCAAGACCUGUGCCCCUCAGAACCAAAACUACCACACCACUUCACCUGUCUUGGGGCAGGCACCUGGGCUGCAGCCUCUGUCCGUGGCACCUGGAGGAUCUCCACCUCUCCCAUAUGUGUGCACCCCCGGUUUGCCCAACCCUCUGUCUGGUGGCAGGGUCCAAAGCAUCUUGUCCUUCCUUUGGCAUUUCGGAUUGGAAAGAGAGUGCUUGGCUCCCGCCUUCUCUUCACCUUUCACUGCUACUGGCAGCUGCUGACUCAGGGGCAUCCCACCUCUGUUCCCUGGGUUCCAUUGCCCUGGACGAGGGCUCCAGGACCUAUCCCUGUACCCACUGACGGCCGGGAGGCCAAGGCUCUAUGCUGGAUAUUUAAGUUUAGGGGCCAGCUUCCUGGCGCGUAGAUAAAUAAAUAUUCUGAGUUGUCAUUUU